CUCUACGACCACCCACACGCGCGGCUACUAUCAAAGCGACAAAAUCGCCUGAUCUUGAACCAUCACGGCAGUCUGAGGUUUGUGGCCAGGGCGGCUAGAUUAGCGGUUGACGAGUGCGCGCGACAGAUGGCAUAUAGAAGGUGGAAUUGUUCUGUGGUCACGCCCCUAGCCGCGUCUUCGUUACUGUUUGGGAGGUCGCUUUUUGGAAAGAUUACGAAUAAAGGCAGGUUAGAAACCUCCUACCUACAAUCCCUGACAUCAGCCUCCCUUAUGCACUCGAUAGCCCAAGGCUGUAGCAGUAACAUGAUCAGUGGAUGUAGUUGCGGCGCUCUCGACCACCACCCUAACGACGUUGAGUGGCGAUGGGACGGUUGCAACGAUAACGAUAUUUUCGGUAGCGAGUUCACGCGCGAGUUCAUCGAUCGAGGCGAGAAAUACCGAGAUCUGAAAAGUGGAGUCCUCAAGCACAACAGUCGAGCCGGCAGACAGCACGUGCUACAGAACAUGCAGAAAGAAUGUAAAUGCCACGGUAUGUCUGGCACCUGCUCCCUUAAAACCUGCUGGAUGAAGAUGCCCUCCAUCUCAUUGGUUGCCGCCAUCUUGAAGGAAAAGUUCAACGGAGCCACCAAAGUUGAUCAAGGUUUAGGCAACUCGCACCACGAGCACGAAAAGCGGCGACUGCUGCCACACAAUCCUGAACACAAGAAACCAACAAAAUUCGAUUUGGUCUACUACGAAGAUUCGCCCACGUUCUGUGACCCUGACCCGAGUCUAGGCUACCCCGGGGUCAAAGGUCGAAAGUGCAUCGAGAAUUCCAUGGGCAUGGACGGCUGUGACGUCAUGUGUUGUGGGCGGGGUUAUAAGAAAGUGACGGUUAGGGAGGUACAGAAGUGUAACUGUUCGUUUGUGUGGUGUUGUGACGUCACCUGUGAUUACUGCGAUGUCGUUGAGGAAAGGUUUGUCUGUGAGUAG